AUGGUUAGCGUCCCUGGACUGACAGAUCACGGAGUUGUUACAGAACAGCUGACAGAAUUCGUCGAUCUUUUCCCAACUCUUGUAGAUGCAGCUGGAUUGCCUCCCUUACCCUUCUGUCCUGUCGAUUCGGCGGAUAUCGCAACGUGUACAGAAGGAAUGAGUCUGAUGCCACUGAUGAAAAAUCCAAAUGCAAAAUGGAAGACUGCAGCAUUUUCUCAGUAUCCGAGACACGGAUCUAGGGUGAUGAGCUACUCUAUUCGGACUGACCGCUACAGAUACACGGAGUGGGCCAAGUUUCAUGGUAAACCGGUCUACAAGCCAGACUGGAGAACCCUGUAUGGGAUAGAGCUAUAUGACCACCAACAUGACCCGCAAGAGAAUAUCAACCUCAUCAAUGACCCACAGCACGCGGCAACACGACACCAUCUGAGUCAGCGACUUAGAGCUGGGUGGCGCGCAGAGGUUCAAGGGUUGAAGUAG